CACAAAUGACAAGCUGAAUCAAUUCUCAUCACCACGACCCACCAUGCAGACAUUGUUGCUCGUUCGUCCUUGGAAUCGUUACCUCCUCGAGCUUCCUAACUUCUCAGAGCCGUCUGGCUUGGUAGAGCUGCCUGACGUUGAUGACGACAUGGAGAGCGGGGAAGGUUAUCGGUCUGCGCCCGGGUCUCCAUUACAGAAUUCGCCUCGCGAGUUUCCUGAAGCACAGGAGUCAGUCGAUUCGGAACUGAGCGAUCGAGCCUUGCGAUUGAUCGUUCAUCUUAAACAGCCUUUUAGCGCGUUUUUGCUAGCGCAUCAGCGCGGCGGAGAAUACAAGAGGAUCGCGUCAGAUUAUGGUAUUAUUGCGCAAGUCAAAGAUAUUUCUUCUAUUCCGGACAUGAUCAAGACGCUAGAGAUACUGUAGCGACAUGCAUUUUGGGUGUUAUUUAUAUCAAUAAUCCACAUCUCUGUCCGAAGAUGA